CUUGCAACUCAUAUAGAUAACAUGAACAGCCAGGUUGAGAGACUCGUCGAAAAGGCGUGGAAGAAGUUUGAGGAGACGCCCAAGGACAAGCGGCUAUUAAUCGGCGUCGCUGGCAUCCCAGGCUCGGGCAAGACAACCUUAUCCCAGAUCAUCACUGCACGCCUCAAUGCCCGCGCGGACCCUUCAUCUCCUCCUCCCGCAGCUUUUGUCCCCAUGGACGGCUUCCACCUCACUCGCGCUGCUCUGUCCGCCAUGCCUGACCCAGCUACGGCCCACUUCCGCCGCGGGGCCGCCUUCACCUUUGACGCUCCCAAGUUCUUGGCCCUUAUUCAGGCUCUGUCUGCGACUCCGAUCCCGUCGGAACCUGUCCUCGCACCAUCGUUUGACCAUGCUCUCAAGGAUCCGCGAGACGACGACAUUGAGGUCAGGCCAGAGCACCGCAUCGUCGUAUUGGAAGGCAACUAUCUCGCGCUGGACCAGGAUGUAUGGCGCGAUGCGGCGAGCCUGCUAGAUGAGCUAUGGUUCGUCGAGGUAGACUAUGAAGUUGCGAGGAAGAGGUUAAGGGAGAGGCAUGUGAGGGCAGGUAUCGUGAAGGAUCUCGAGGAAGGGGAUCGAAGGGCGGUGGAGAAUGACUUGGUGAAUGGGGAUGAGAUUAUUAAGUAUAGACUCAAAGUAGACGAAGUCAUCCAGAGUCGUGAAGACGGAAGCUGGGUACACGAGUAG